AUGGGGAGGCUACUCCCGCUGGCGCUGCUCGUCCUCCUCUCUGCCGCCGCCGCUGCCCCCCAGCUCGUCGGAGCUGCGAGGGGAGACCAUUCCCUACCAAUAAUACAGCUAGCGGGAGCAGCCAAGGCAGAGCAUUCCCUAGGAAUCAUCCAGAAGGACAUCAUUCAGACGGUCAACAAGCAUCCCAAUGCCGGGUGGACGGCUGGACACAAUCCCUACCUCGCAAACUAUACUAUUGAGCAAUUUAAGCAUAUCCUGGGAGUGAAGCCAACGCCUCCAGGUUUACUGGCUGGUGUUCCAACCAAAACUUAUUCUACAUCAGAAAAGGAGGAUCUCCCAAAGGAGUUCGACGCCAGAUCUAAAUGGUCUGGCUGCAGCACGAUCGGGAAAAUACUUGAUCAAGGUCACUGUGGUGCGUGUUGGGCCUUUGGUGCUGUGGAGUGCCUGCAAGAUCGUUUCUGCAUUCAUCACGGCGUGAACGUUUCACUUUCUGUCAAUGACAUAGUGGCUUGCUGUGGGUUUCUGUGUGGCGAUGGUUGUGAGGGAGGAUAUCCUAUCUUCGCAUGGCAAUACUUCGUCGAGAACGGUGUUGUUACUGACGAGUGCGAUCCAUUCUUUGAUCAGGUUGGCUGCCAGCAUCCUGGAUGCGAACCUGCUUAUCCUACACCUGUGUGUGAAAAGAAAUGCAAGGUUCAGAACCAAGUUUGGGAGGAAAAGAAACAUUUCAGCAUCGAUGCAUACCAAGUAAACUCUGAUCCACAUGACAUCAUGGCAGAGGUCUACAAGAAUGGCCCUGUAGAAGUUUCUUUCAUAAUUUAUGAGGACUUUGCACACUACAAGUCAGGUGUUUACAAGCAAAUCACAGGUAGGAUGGUGGGAGGUCAUGCCGCCAAAUUGAUUGGAUGGGGAACAAGUGAUGCUGGCGAGGAUUACUGGCUUCUUGCAAAUCAGUGGAACAGAGGAUGGGGCGAUGAUGGGUACUUCAAGGUCAUAAGGGGCACGAAUGAAUGUGGCAUUGAAGGAGAUGUUAAUGCCGGUAUGCCCUCGACAAAGAACAUCGCGGGUAGCGCCUUUGCAAUGUGA